AUGAUCCAACCCCUGGCGCACUUGUCACCAAGCAUUCACUUUGACGCAUACAAGUUGCUCUGGAGGGCUAAAGGGUCUUAAAAACACACUUAUGAAAGGAGACGGAAGUUGAAAAAACGGAUGGCGAGUAAUCCGCUUACGCAAUCUGUCACGCGCAAUCACGCCUCGUCAAAGUGAGUCACGAUUCGGUUGGACGCAGACCGGGAACGGCGGGGGGCAAAAAGACGAGGCGACGGAGGGAUCUUUCCCCGCAAAUAAUUCUGUCGUCUUCGUCCCCAUUGCUUUUUCAAGUCUUUCUCUCAUCUAUCUUCUGUAUACCACACGAAAUUCUGAGGUCCCAAUUAUCACGAAUGUCCCCACCUUGCAUUAACGAGUCAGAUUCCUCGCCAACCACCUGUUGCUUUCCUUUCUGCACUGAAAUGGAGAAUCGUCGAACACAAUCUUUGAUGGAUAUGUCUCACCUGCAGCGAAUUGGAGUUCUGGCAUAUCAGGUUUUUGCGGCGUUUCCUGGGCGGCAUCCCGAGGCUGAUGCGAUACUGGACCGACUCUGCAGUCUGAUCCGGGAUGUAACUCUUGGACACUUGAAAGUUAAGCCCGCCCAAUACCCUGUGGAAUAUUAUCCAAUAUACGAGUCCUCUGUGUACACAAUGUGUGUUUUUGUGCUGAAGCGUGGAACCACAAUGCCAACACACGAUCAUCCAAAAAUGACUGUCUUCAGCAAGAUCGUAAGCGGGGAUCUCCAUGUGCGCACAUAUGAGUUUGCCAAAGGGUCGACCGCACAAGCUCAUGCAGUAGUGGAUCCGCGGACUGGAGAUCUGGUCCAGGCACGACCAACAAAGGCUGGACUGAACAGAAUCAUAUCUGCAUCAGAUCCUGAAUCGCUGCUUCUGAUACGUCCCGAGGGAGGACCGAACAUGCACUCGUUUACUGCUGUCUCAGAGGAGGUGGUAUUAUUGGACAUCAUAGGGCCGCCGUAUAAUUCCGAAGACCGACCCUGUACAUAUUUCAGGGAAGUGAGCUGGGAUGAAGGUUGCAAGUUGGUGGCUAUGGGGGUGGAGGCAACUGCACCUGGAAAAAAAUCGAAGAACAAAAAGAAAAAGAAGAGAAGAAGGGCAGUUGGACCCGAGCGCAAAACCGAUGCUAUGCCUAUACAGGAAAAUGGAUCUGCUCCCAACCCAUGCCCACCACCACCACCAUCAACUCCUACCCUCGAUCUUACACCGCCCCCUGUGAGGUCUUCGAACACAACAAUAUCCAAUAGCUCCUCUGAAGCAUCCCUUGACCUCCUUAAUACCAGCGGCACAGACGAGAUGUGUUGGCUGGUGGAGGAUCCGGAUGUUGACUACAGAUGUGUUGAGCGCUUGUAUCGUGGAGAGCCGGUUGCAAAAGUGGAAAGAUAUGCUAAUGUCGAGCUCGGAAUAAUAUAGCGUAGCAUCGUCAGUGGUGAGUCUAGGGUGGCCGACAUUGGGAAAACGCAGAGCAGAGGGCCAGCUUGGUGUCUAUAUCAUAUGUACAUGACUGAGGAGCGGGGCAAUUGCAAAGCUUAAUCUUUUCGCCUCUCCGAUAACGCCGUCUUAGACGCGAUCUAAUUGUAAUCAAGAGCGUUGGGCUCUUGACAUGCCUUCCCGGGUCAAAGCACAUGGAAUCUACCUGUGAUAGAACUUAAUCGAAGUUGCGCCAUUCAAAAAAGGUCCAUAAGUGUACCAAUAACCCGUCUGUGUAUCAGAAAGUGUCCGCUACCAAACUGUCCUUGCUUUGUACAUUUAGAGCAAUUAUCUGCAGAAAAGCGCUGGGAAGGAGCAGAUAUCCUCAGGAAAUAACCAAUUAGAAAUGUAACCCUAAUCGCGGAUUUUCAGGGUUGCCUCUGGCUUCCCAACUUUUGCAUCAUUGUCCACUCUUUAUGGCAGAAAUAGCAGGUGAAGAGCAACCUUACGCAUGACCACGACUUUGAAAAGUUCUUUUUCAUGUAACUAGGGAAACCCGCUUUCUGUUCGCCAACACAUCGCAACUUCAAGGCAGUAGACGACGUUUAGUCGGAUGAAAUACAGGUCGAGGAUGAGGAAGCUUACCUAGUCGUUGUCAUUAUCUGUGUGCGGUUAUG